AUGACUUCGCGUCAAGUCUCAAUAUUACAAGAUCAAGGGAAGCGCGCUUCAACUGUGGGUUUGGAGGAGAUGCCACACCCUCAGCCGUUUCGCAUUCGCAGGUCGAGAAUCGAAAAGGAAAACGAAAGCGAUCACAAAGCGAAGCCACCUCCUUUCCCACUACUAGUACUAUUCCUUUGGAAAUGCGGCUCCGCCUCUCCGACAUCUAGCUCUAUUGUUACACCUAGCGAUCAAAGACCGAGAGAAUUAAAGAGCGCCGCUUAUCUUCAUCCAAUUUAUACCAAGAUUCUUGCUAUCAAGGGUAGUUUCCUGAAGGAAUCCGAUUUGGGUAUUACAGAUACAAGCAAAAUACUUUGUCGAACUUUGCUUGAAGCAGAACAAUCAAUCCCUCAAGACACAUUGUUUCGUGAUGACCGAUUCCUGGCAGCUUGUGAGAGUAUAAAUGAAAGAAAUGAAGCUAUGAUUGUUCGAGACAUUUCCCCUCUAAUAUGUCCGUCUGCUCAAUUUCUAAGAAUCUAUGGUGCGAAACAUCUCAAACCUUUAUAUGAAAGUGCCAAUGAAGGUUGGAAUAGUGCUAUACCUUUUUAUGGUCCUCGUCCACAGCCUGAUUAUUCUGUAGGCUUUAAUCUAUUUGCAUUUACAGACAUUCAAAGGGAAAAGCUCAAACCUUUCGUUGGGGAACUUACGGAUGUUUAUACUUCAUGUUUAAUGGCUACUUGGCAGAUAUGCUUUCCGUUUUUGACAUCGGAAGUGAAGUGUGGUAUUGGAGCUCUCGAAGUUGCCGAUCGACAAAACGCCCACAGUAUGACACUUGCAGUAAGAGGGAUAGUUGAACUCUUUAAACUUGUGAAGCGUGAAAAAGAGCUUCAUCGGGAAAUACUCGCAUUUUCAAUAUCUCACGAUGAUAAAAGUGUCAGGAUCUAUGGCCAUUAUCCUAUCAUCGAUGAAAAAUCCGGAAACACUACUUUUUGUCGCCAUAUGAUCCGUGAUUUCGGCUUUUCCGACUUGGAUGGCAAGGAAAAGUGGACAGCAUACAAAUUCACCAAGAACAUCUACGAUCUCUGGAUGCCGACCCAUCUAGAAAGAAUUUGUUCAAUUAUCGAUGAUCUGCCAUCUGAUAUAAAUUUUGAUGUUUCGCAAGGGUCGGAAAGUCACAAUCUUUUUGAAGAAGCCAGUUACAAUGCUUUAUCCUUGGAAGAGGCUGAUAGCCAAUUAAGCUCUAUUGGUUCGAGAGAUGCUACUCCUGAUAUCGUGCUGUCUCAGAGAGUUGGGGAGGAAGCAUUCAAAAGGCCAAAGUGA